UUCUAGUACACAGCAGACAUUGAAAAAAUUAUAGAUCUAUAAAAAGAAAUGUCAUAGUAGUAUAUUUUAUCUCAAGUCUCAACAAUAGUUCACAUAUAAAAAUUAUUUUUAAAAGCCCUGUAAAGAAAAAAAAUCCUUUUUCUUCAAAAAAAAAAAAUAAAUAAAUAACUGAAAUAAGAAAAAAAAUUCGUUUUUUAUAAUAAUUUGAUGAGUCAAAUUUUUAAAAACAAUUUUCCUUUUUUUUCUAUUCAAGGAUUUUGGAAAAAUUAAAAUAUGGAAAAUUUAAUAACUGAAUCUUUGACAGAUUCUAAAAGAUUUAAUUUUCACGAAAUUUUUAUUUUAAACAUAAAAAAAAAUCACUUUAGUUAAAAAUCUCUGUAGAAAAUGAUCGAAGUAGAAAUUCACAAAUAGACUUACAACAUUGCUGGAACGAGUUAAUCAUGUAGCGAAGAAAGAAAAAAUUUCAAAUUCAACUAUCGAAGUCUUGAAAAAUAAUGAUGAAGAUAAAACUUCUGAUUCUUCUCAUAAUGAGGAUUUUUGUUCUAUCGACAAAAAUCGAAUAUCCCAACUUAUAAUGCAUCUUACAAAAUGUACUCAGGAAAAGAAUUCAGCACAAUCUUCAUUAGCUAUUCUUAAAGCAGAGAAUAAAGAGCUUUAUAAUCGAAAUCAAUUUUUAGAUAACGAAAUUCAAGGAGAGAAAAAUUUAAAGUUAAAGUUAUCAGAAAAAAAUUCUGAAUUAAUGAAAUUGAGACAAAGAACAAUAAAAUUUUUAGAGAUACUAAGUAAGCAAAUUGCACUUCAAGAAAUUGAAUUCACUAAACUUGCCGAAACAUUGACAAAUCUUGUUAGGGAAAAAAUUAUUAUGGAAAAUUCUUUAAUUGAAAAAAAUAUGAAAAUAAAAAUAGCGGAAUCACAAAUUGAACGAAUGAAGGAGCAAAUAGAAAUGGAAAAAUUUCUCCUUCACAAGGAACAAACGAAAAGUAUUUCUUUUCAAAUGAUCGAUAAAUCUUGUCAAACGUCUAAAGAAUCACUUAAUGUCAGUUCUAAUAUACAAAUUCCAACUUUUGAAAAACAAUCAGAAGUUGAUUUAUUUUUUCAAAUGUCAAAAAAAAUUCAACGACCAAAGAGCGUCUAUGAUCUGGAAGAAACAACAACAGAUGGAAAUAUAAUACGUGAUCUAUUUUUCAAAUAUCCCAAUUUUAUGGACAUUUAACAUUUUACCAAUAAUAAAUCUUUUAAUGAAAAA